UGUUCGAAUUCCCUAACCCAAUACCGUAAACAUAAAUAAUAUAAAAAUUAUAUAUACUAAAGCACAAUAGAAAAAACAUCGUUCCUAAGCACAGUGAAAGGACAUAAAUACCCCCGUUUUUCUAUUCAAUUUUUUCUUUCUUUUUCUUACGUGCACAAUGAAAUGAUGAAACAGGUAUGGUAUACGUGUUGUUUUUCUGCGUUUACGUGCUAUCUACACUACAAACCCAUCUUCGCCGUCCACCGGAAAACCCAAGAAAUUUUGAUCGUCGGCCGACACCCGACCUGCAACAUCGUCUUGAUUCUGCAAAUUCCAUCGUCAAAUCCUUUCCGGCCCUUUUCCCCAAAAGCUCUCUUACCGAUUGUUUCAACAACAGUGGCCACCACUCUUCCCCAAAGAAACAUGGUUCUCUCUACAGCACUACCCAUUUUCCACCAAAAUCACAUCUCAAACUCUUCCAAUUUCAAACACGACAUGCCGGCGAAGGAACUAGCUGAAACCUUAAACCUCAACAUAAUGAAGGUGAAGAUGAGCCGGAACAGUGAAGUAGGAAAAUCUAGAUUCAGUAACAUAUUCAUAGUCUAUCUAAAUAUUUUGAAUAAUGAGCAGUUUAAUGCUGUUAAUUUUUUAUCACGGUAAUAUGUUGCUAAUUUACCUUCUCAAACA